AUGGUAAAGCUUGAAGAUAUGGAGGAUGUGAUGAUGAAGAAGGACCGCUGGGAGAAGUUUGAUGCCCUGGUAGAAGUAGCGUUCGUUGCCGGACGGCAAGAGGAGGACGAAGAACGAGAGAAGAAAAUGAGAGAAGAGAUGGAGAAAGCUGUUGCAUUCCUCUCCCUCGCCGCGAAGAAGCGUUGUAAGACCGUGCCGAGACCAUAUCAGCAGCCGAACAUGGAGCCACCUCCGGAGAUGCCGGAGAGAUUCAGAAGGAAGAUAAUGGAGAUGGGGGGAGACAAUGUGGCGUUUGUGAUCGAGAAGAUGCUGUUCGAGACGGACGUGAGCGCGGGGCACAACCGAUUAUCGAUGCCCAUGUGCCAAAUCAGGCAGGACUUUGUGACGAAGGAAGAGAGGAGGAGGUUGGACUCGACGGACGCGAACAUAAAUGGAGUGGAGGUGAUUCUGGUAGAACCGUCCUUGGAGGACGACGAAGUGAUGCUGAAGAAGUGGAAGAUGAAGAGGAACUCGAUUCUGUAUGUGCUGAUAAAGAACUGGAACUCUGUUGUGAAGAGGAAUGGACUGGGUGCAGGGGAUGUGGUUAGGGUUUGGUCGUUUAGGGUUGGGUCGAAGCUGGGUUUUGCCCUGGUUAGGGUUGGAGAUGAGGAACAUGAAGGCAAGAAAGGCAAGUCGACGGGGAAGAAGAAGAAGGAUGGUGGGAGUGGAAGUGGGAGUAAAGGGAAAGAAGUUGAAGACAAUGGUGGCAAUGAGACUUGGAUCCACUAGCCAUGCAUACGUGAUGUGU